AUGGCCGUGUCCACUGACUUGUCAUUAUUCGCAGUAACCUUACUAUCUCCAAUAUUGUGUAUCGCCAACUUUGUUGCCCGUAAAGCACGUGAAGCUGCCGCAAAACCGUGGCGUCCUGAAGAUAAGGUGAUCCUUAUAACCGGAGCUUCGAGUGGAAUAGGCGAAUCACUUGCAUAUACGUUUUCCCAUGCUGGAUCAUCCGUGAUUCUGGCCGCUCGUCGAAAGGAUGAAUUGGAUCGCGUUGCCGAAAGAUGUACUGAACUGGGCGCAAAAGAUGUGCUUGUCGUAACAACGGACGUUACUUCUGAGGCGGAUGUGGAAAAUCUGAUAAAGAAAACAGAAGAGAGAUACGGUAAACUGGAUUGUUUGGUAUUGAAUGCGGGCGUGAGCAUGGGACAGACUUUUGAUUCUCUACAGAACUUGGAUGUCAUCAAGAGGUUGAUGGAUGUGAACUAUAUGGGAUGCGUGAACGUUACUUUUCAUGCAUUACCGUUGUUGAAGAGAGCACCAAAGUCGAGAAUAGUCGUUAACAGUUCUCUUGCGGGGAUUGCGGGUGGUCCUUACCGAACUGGGUAUUCGGCAUCCAAAUUUGCGGUCAGAGGGUUUUAUGAAGCGUUACGGGCUGAUUUAUGGGAUCAAGACAUUCAUAUAACUAUUAUCUACCCUGGCGCUGUAGUAACUUCCAUAAAUAAGACAAGAUUGGGCGAUCGUCCUUUUGAUUUAAAUAUGCGAGGUGCUAUGACGUCGGAGGAGUGUGCGCGUAUCAUGUUUGAAGCUACUUGCAAUGGCACAAAAGAAGUUGUGCUUACCGGAAAGGGGAAACUCAUUAGACUUCUGGAGGCAUCAUUUCCCGAACUGGCGGCCCUUCUUAUACAUAAAGUGUCACGAAAGAUGCUUAAAGGUUAG